GUGCAUCGAAAUUUUAUUUCGUUGAAUUACAAUGUCUGCUAAAAGUUUUUCAUCGACCGGCAGACGUGCAGGACCAAGCAGACAGAGCCAGUACUCCAAAAUUUCCCAAGACUCUUUCUGCUCCAACGUAACGUUUGUUGACAUCGAGGAAGAAUUUCUCCAGGCCGCAGAGUUUGGCGACAUCCAUCACAUGUGCAGGAUAUUGAAAGAGCAUCCUGAGCUGGACACUGAAUGCAGUGAUGCACUUGGACGGACUGCUCUCAGAAUGGCGGUCAAGAAUGAACACUUGGAGAUUGUAGAAUUUCUAUUAGAGAGGUCAUCUCGUCACCACAUCUAUGAGGCAGUGCUACAAGCCAUCAGUGCCGGACACACGCAGAUCGCGGAUACUAUACUGAAACACAAGAGAUACUUGGAGAUGUGGAAAGAGAAAAGAAAGUUAGGAGCGACAGAUGAUUUCUACAAAACAGCGUAUCCAGAUUCUCAGUUCUCACCUGAUCUAACUCCUUUGAUAUUAGCGUCACAGAAGAAUCAAUAUGAAAUUGUUCAACUUCUGUUACUUCGAGGUGAAACCAUCAUAAAACCUCACAAAUUCAGUUGCGAUUGCCAGGAAUGUCAGAAUAAAAUCAAGUUUGACCAGCUUCGUCUGGCCAAGUACAGAUUAAAUGCUUACAAAGGACUUGCCAGUGAGGCUUACAUUUCAUUGUCUAGUAAAGAUCCAAUUUUGACUGCCUUUGAAUUGGCCGCUGAACUCAGGAGAUUGUCUAGUGUAGAGAAACAUUUCAAGCGUGAGUACAGAGACCUGGCUGACCAACUGAGUGACUAUGUGGUCAAACUACUGGACAGAAUCAGGUCACAGAAAGAACUGGAACUGGUUCUCAACAAAACAGGGAAACCUCUGCAAGAAAAAUUUGAUAGUUUGGCGAGAUUUAAACUGGCUUUAAAAUAUAAAGAGAAAAAGUUCAUUGCACACCCAAGUUGUCAACAAAGACUGAUCAGAAGCUGGUACCAUGGGGUCGGGAAACUGGAGCGUGCCAGCUGGCCAGCACGUCUACUUCUGCUGUUACUGUUUGUUAUGACGUAUCCAGUCCUGGUCCUUCUUCACGUCCUGUUUCCUAACAGCAAGGCAGCAAAAAUUUUGCAAUUUCCUUUCGUGAAGUUCACGUGUCACGCCGUGUCCUUCACCUUGUUCCUGGCCCUCAUUAUAGUCUCCACCUGGGAGUCAUCACAGAGCGUCAGUAAAUACAUUACCUUUAGAAGUACUUAUAACAGGACAUACUUUGCCAGAUAUUCACAUCUCAUAGAACAAUGUGAUGACAGUUUGUACGGAGAAGAUUUUCCUUUGAGGCCAAGUCUACCAAGUGUCACUGAUAUCCUGCUGACAUUAUGGAUCAUAGGAAUGGUGUGCCAAGAGUGUCACCAGCUCUACCAGUCAGGACUUAGAGAACACAUUAGUCUGUACAAUCUGAUGGACUUCAUGUUACUGUGUGCUUACAUUGCGACCCUGUCACUGCGAUACUGGACAAUGUACAAAUUCUACCAAGCUUUGGAUGUCCUGAAAAGUGGAUCCGAAUCGUGUUCAGAUAUUCGAAGCAUAUAUUGGCUUAAUACAGAUCGCAUCCGUUGGUUGCCCACAGAUCCUAUUAAUGUCUCAGAGAGUUUGUUUGCUCUGGCAAAUAUCAUGAGCUUCUUCCGUAUUUCCUAUCUCUUGCCAGCCAAUGGAAUUCUGGGACCUUUGCAAAUCUCACUGGGACGAAUGUUAAAGGACAUCGCUAAGUUUGGCGUUUUGUUUGUCCUGGUCAUCUUUGCCUUUAUGUUGGGUCUUCACAACCUCUACUGGUACUACAGCGACAGGAAAGACAUAGAGCUGAACAAAACCUGGCAUCCGGCGGACGUGAAGGCUGAGAAACACUUUGGAGACGUAUUAGCGACAUUUCGCACGGUCUUCUGGGCCAUGUUUGGGCGCGGGGAGCGCACUGUCGUUGAACUAGGGGAGUACAACGCCCUGACAGAGGACAUUGGCUACUUUAUCUACGGCGCCUACAACGUUGCUAUGGUGACGGUGCUGUUGAACAUGUUGAUCGCUAUGAUGACCAGGUCGUUCACGCGGAUAGCGGAGGACUCUGACAGAGAGUGGAAGUUUGCCCGUAGCACACUGUAUAUGGACUACAUCGGACAUGGGUCAACACUGCCCCCACCACUAAAUCUAUUGACUGUACCCAAAGCCAUAGUAAAGAUCAUCACUGACACAUGUGAGGAGGAGCAACACACAGUUCCAUCAGCUCCUGUAAUAGAACAAGAAGAGUCCAGCGUGUUGAGCAUAUUUCCAACAUUCAGACACGACGUCAAAGAAAAAACUCUUGGAAAAAUCAUCCAGAAAGAGUUACAGACGAUGUCGCCUACGCUGGACGAAGGCACUGACCUUCCAGUCUCUUAUGAACCGUCUCCCAACAUAGCCAGACGUCUUCAACUGGUCAACAUGCUUGAAGAAUCAGAGAAACUCACCUACCAGCAAACGAUGCAAAGGAUUGUCCAGAGAUACAUAUUUGAUAUUCAGAGAGAAGCAGAAGUGACAGAAGAUGACUUUGAGGAGAUCAAGAAAGACAUUUCAAGAUUUAGAUUCGAUCUGGACAAUCAGCUUGUACUGUCCGCCAGUGUCCAGGAAGAACUUAAACAACGGAUUCUUGAAGUGAGAAAAGAAUUUCAGAAACUUACUCAAGACUGUAAAUUGACAAAAGGGAAGUAAGCAAAUGAAACUAUCUACGCAAGGAAGAUAACCAUUAAAAAUAUAAACUUCACAUUAAGA